GCCCAGGCUGGCUGGGUGGGGGUAGGGAGACCUUGGCCUGGACAAACAGAGGCUCUGGGGCCUGCGAGCCGGCCCGGCACCCACCUGCCACUCCCAAAGGAUGCCCGUGGCCGAGGCCCCCCAGGCAGCUGGGGGACAGGGCGAUGGAGGCGACGGUGAGGAGGCAGAGCCGGAGGGGAUAUUCAAGGCCCCCGAGGACUCCAAGAGAAAAGUCCAGGACUACCUCCGCCUGACGCCACUGUGGCUGGCCCUCAUCGUGCUGGCCUUGGUGGGGGUCCUGCUCUGGUAUUUCCUAGGGUACAAGGCGGAGGUGACGGUCAGCCAGGUGUACUCCGGCAGUCUCCGUGUGCUCAAUCGCCACUUCUCCCAGGACCUCGCCCGCCGGGAGUCCAGUGCCUUCCGCAGCGAAACUGUCAAAGCCCAAAAGAUGCUCAAGGAGCUCAUCGCCAGCACCCGCCUGGGUACUUACUACAACUCCAGCUCAGUCUACUCCUUUGGGGAGGGACCUCUCACCUGCUUCUUCUGGUUCAUCCUGCAAAUCCCCGAGCACCGCCAGCCGAUGCUGAGCCCCGAGGUGGUGCGGGAGCUGCUGGCGGAGGAGCUGCUGUCCACGGCCAACAGCUCGGCCCCCGCCCCCUACAGGGCCGAGUAUGAGGUGGACCCCGAGGGCCUGGUGAUCCUGGAAGCCAGCGUGAAAGACAUAGUUGCCCUGAAUUCCACGCUGGAGGUUCCACGGUCUUCCUCCUGA